AUGAUAUCUUGGAUGCAGGGUGCAGUUAGCCAGCAGUCACCGCUGCCACCUCCACAGGUCCUCUCAGUGACUGGGAUUGAGGGCAGUCAUCCUGCCCUGGAGUUAUUGGAGCAGGGGGCGGUGUUUCCUUCCAGGGAUGCUGCAGCCACAGCCAGUAGAAUCAGUGCUCACUUCAGUCUAUUUAAGUCUUUAAAAUCAGACAUUGAUGAAUGCAAGAUUUCCCCUCACCUUUGUGGAAGUGGUACUUGUGUCAAUACUCCAGGCAGUUUUGAGUGUGAGUGUUCUGAAGGCCAUGAAAACGGGUUCAUGAAGAUGCAGAAUUGUAUUGACAUUAAUGAAUAUGAACGUAAUUCUCUACUUUGUAGAGGUAGAAACUGUGUGAACACAGAAGGCAGCUUUGAAUGUGACUGCUCACUUGGGCAUGAACAAUCAUCACCACAUGAGGAUUAUGCGGGUGUAAAUGAAGGUUCUCUGAGUGAUAAUCUGUGUACAAAUGGAAGAUUUAUGAAUAUGAUUGGAUCAUACCAGUGUGCUUGUAAUCCUGGAUAUCAAACAACUCCAGACAGGCAAGGCUGUGUGGAUAUUGAUCAGUGUAGGAUAAUGAAUGGAGGCUGUGACACCCAGUGUACUAACUCAGAAGGCAGCUUUGAAUGUAUUUGCAGUGAAGUGUAUGCCCUGAUGCCAGAUAUGAGAACCUGUGCAGAUAUUGAAGAAUGUGAAAAAAAUCUUGGUAUCUGUGAUGGUGGCCAAUGUACUAACAUUCCUGGUGGCAGUCCCUGUUAUGGUAGUUUUGUGACUUCGAUGGAUAUGAAAACAUGUAUUGAUGUGAAUGAAUGUCACUUAGAUUCUAACAUCUGUACAUUUGGAGAGUGUGAGAACAGAAAAGAACCCUCCAUUUGUCAUUGUCAAUUGGGCUAUUCAGGAAAGAAGGGAAGCACUGGAUAUAUGGGUAUGUAUGAGUGUGAGGUUGGUGUUCACAACUGCAAUAUGCAUGCUUCAUACUUAAAUAUCCAAGGAAGUUUAAAAUCUAGCUGCAAAGAAAGUUGGGGUGGAAAUGGUAUCAGAUGUGUUGAUCUGGCUGAAUGUUCUAAUGGAAACCACCAAUGUAGUAUAAAUGCCCACAGUAUGAACACAUCAGGUUCAUACCACUGUGCUUCUUUUGAAGGAUUCACUGGGGAUGGCUUUGCUUGCUUAGAUGUUGAUGAGUCUGCAGAAAACAUUGAUUUUUGUGAGAAUGGACAGUGCUUGAAUAUUCCUGUUACAUUUUGUUGUGAAUGUGAGACUCCAGGUUCAGAUAGCAAAUUCUGCCAAGAUGUUAAUGAGUAUGCUGCUCCCAUAAAUUGUAUUAAUGGUCUCUGUGUCAGUAGCCCUUGUCAAUAUGAAUGUAAUUGUCCACCAGACUUCCAGCUAAACCCAACUGAUGUAGGUUGUGUGGAUAAUCGAGUUUGUAACUGCUACCUGAAAUUUGGUCCCCAUGGGGAAGGGGUUCUGUCAUGCAACACUGAGAUUGGUAUUGGAGUUAGUCAUUCCUCAUGCAGUUGUUCCCUGGGAAAGGCCUGGGUAAAUCCCUGUGAGAGUUGUCCACCUGUGAACAGCACUGAACAUUAUACUCUGUGUCCAGGAGGGGAGGACUUCGGCCCUAAUCCUGUCACUAUCAUCCUUGAAGAUAUUGAAGAAUGCCAAGAAUUACCAGGUCUUUGCCAGGGUGGAAACUAUAUUGACACUUUUGGAAGCUUGCAGUGUGAAUGUCCACAUGGCUACUACCUCAGUGAAGAAACUCAUAUCUGUGAAGAUUUUGAUGAAUGUUUUCCACAUCCUUGUGUCUGUGGGCCUGGAAACUGCUGUAAUACCUUGGGAAAUUACACCAGCAUUUGUCCUCAUGAAUCUAUGCAAAUAAGCGGUGGAUAUAACUAUAUGGACAUGAGAAAAAGCUUUUGCUACCAGAACAAAACCACCUGUGAAAAUGAGUUGCCCUUUAAUGUAACCAAGAGGAUAUGUUGCUGCACAUAUAAUAUUGGUAAAGCUUGGAAUAAAUCUUGUGAACUAUGCCCAGAUUCAGGAGCAGUUGAAUUUAAAGCCAUAUGUGGGAAUAUUCCUGGAUUUGCCUUUGACAUUCAUACAGGCAAAGUAGACACUGAUGAAUGCAAGGCAAGUCCAAGUAUUUGUGCAAAUAGUGUUUGUAUUAACCAGAUUGGCAGUUUUCACUGUGAAGGUCCAACAGGAUUCAGUUACAAUGAUCUUCUCUUGGUCUGUGAAGAUCACAAUGAAUGUUUUGAAAUUCCUAAUGUUGGUAGUCAUGGCUUAUGUGUGGAUUUUCAAGGAAGUUAUCAAAGUGUCUGUCACUGUGGCUUUAAAGCAUCACAAGACCAGACCAUGUACAUGGAUGUUAAUGAAUGUGAGCAUCAUCUGUGUGGAAAUGGAACAUGCAAAAAUACAGUUGAAUCCUAUAACUGUCUCUGCUACCCAGGGUUUGAACUUACUCAUAAUAAUUAUUGUCUGGAUAUAGAUGAGCGCAGUUCCUUUUUUGGGCAGGUGUGUAGAAAUGGGCAAUGCUUUAAUGAAAUUGGUUCUUUCACGUGUUCAUGUAAUGAACUUACUCCUGAUGGCAAAAAUUACAUUGAUACUAAUGAAUGUAUUACCCUUCUGGGCCCUUGUUCUCCUGGUACCUGUCUGAACCUGGAAGGAUCAUUUCGAUGCAUCUGCCCUCCAGGUUAUGAAGUAAAAAGUGAAAAUUGCAUUGGUAUAAAUGAAUAUAGUGAAGAUCCCAACAUCUCCCUUUUUGGCUCUUGCAUAAAUACUCUAGGAGGUCUCCAGUGUGUCUGCCCCACAGGUUUUGUAUUAUCUGACAAUGGAUGGAGAUGCUUUGAUACCCACCAGAGCUUCUCUUUCAAAAAUUUUGAGAAGGGAAUGUGCACAGUAGCAAAAGGUUUCAAUACCACAAAGACAAAGUGUUGUUGCAGUAAAAUGUCAGGAAAGGGCUGGAGUGCCCCUUGUGAACUGUGUCCCAAAGAUGAGGAAGUUGCUUUCCAGGAUUUAUGUCCAUUUGGCCACAGAAUUGUCCCUCAUCUUCUUGAUACACAGGAAGAUGUCAAUGAAUGUCUUGAAAGCCCAGGUAUUUGUUUAAAUGAUCAGUGUAUCAACACAGAUGGAUCAUUUUGCUGUGAAUGUCCUGUAGGUUACAACCUAGAUUAUGCUGCAGUACACUGUGUGGAUACAAAUGAAUGGUUAGUUGGGAAUCUGUGUGGAAAUGGAACUUACAUUAAUGUUAUUGGGAGUUUUGAAUGCAACUGCAAUGAUGGAUUUGAGUCAGGUAUCAUGAUGAAUUGUGAAGACAUCAAGGAAUGUGCCCAGAAUCCACUGUUAUGUGCUUUUCGCUGCAUAAAUACCUUUGGUUACUAUGAAUGCACUUGUCCUGCUGGAUGUACCCUAAGGGAAGAUCAAAAGAUAUAUAAAGAUCUAGAUGAAUGUGCUGAAGGUUUACUUGACUGCGAAUCCAGAGGCAUGAUGUAUAAGAAUAUGAUUGGUACUUUUAUGUGUAUCUGCCCCACUGGAAUACCCCAAAGACCUGAUGGGGAAGAUUGUAUAGAUGAAAAUGAAUGCUGGAAAAAGCCAGAAAUCUGUAAAAAUGGUCAUUGUAUUAACAUUGUUGGGAGCUACGGGUGUGAAUAUAAUGAAGGAUCCCAGUCAAGCACAUCAGGCAUUGAUUUCCUUGACAACAGAAAAGGAUUCUGCUUGGCUGAGGUUCUACAAUCAAUGUGUCAUAUGGCCUCCAAAAGCCAGAACCUUGUCACAAAGUUAGAAUGUUGCUGUGAAGAAGAAUGGGGCUGGAGUAACCAAUGUGACCUUUGCCCACUUCCUGUAACUACCCAGUACAAAAAGAUUUAUCCUCAUGGCCCAGGAAAUGCCACAAAUGGAAGAGAUGUGGAUGAAGGUGAUGGAAACUACAAGUGCCAACAUGGCUGCCAAAACAUCCUCGGAGAUUACAGGUGUUCUUGUCCACAAGGGUAUAUUCAACAUUAUCAGUGGAAUCAGUGUGAUGAUGAGAAUGAGUGCACCAAUCCAAAUGCUUGUGGUUCUGCCUCCUUCUGCAAUACCCUUGGAAGUGACAAGUGUACUUGUCCAUCUGGAUUCUCGUUUGACCAAUUUUCCAGUGAAUGCCAUCAUGUGAAUGAAUGUUCAUCAACAAACAACUCAUGCAAUUUUGUUUGUUCCAACAUGGAAGGUGGUUAUCUCUGUAGCUGCCCACCUGGGUACUACAGAGAUGGAGAAGGUCACUGGGUCUCAGGAAUGGGAUUUAACAAAGGCCAAUAUCUACCAAUGGAUACAGAGGUAGAUGAAGGAAAUACUUUGUCUCCUGAAGCAUGCAAAAUAAAUGACUACCCUAAGAAAGAAAUCAGACAAAAAGGAAAUAUUAAUGAAAUUGAACCCACUGUGGUUGAAAAGAUGGACUUAGAAAGUAUAGAUAUGGACACCCCAAUCAAAAUGAAAUUCAACCUUCCCAGCCUUGGCAGUAAGUUACAUAUUCUGGAAUUCAUGCCUGCCAUUGAGUCUCUCAACAACCACAUUCAAUACAUCAUCUCCCAGGGGAAUGACAACGAUAUCUCCCGAAUCUACCAACAGGAUGGGCUAAACUACUUGCACAUGGCCAAGAAAAAAUCUGUGCCUGAAACAUACACAUUGGAAAUCAUUAAUAUUCCUCUGUAUAAGAAGAAAGAAGUUAAGAAACUGGAAGACAGUAAUGGGAACAACUACCUUCUAGGAGAGCAUGGUGAAGCUCUCAAAAUGAGGCUGCAUAUUCAACUCUACUAACCCCUUUAUCCCUUUAUAGACUUGGUUCAGUGCUCAAAUCACUGAGUAAUCUUAGUUCACCUAUUUAAUCCACUUGAGCAUAUCUAGUCUUCACAAGCUAUAAGGAGUCAGUGACAUUUUUUUAAGAGGAAAAAAAAAACCUUUAUUACUUGGUCCCUCCCUUCCCACUUGCCCCUGUCCCCAGAUGUACUUUAAACUCUGCUGAGGCCAAAGAUUUGGGUACAAAGGAACUGUGGUUACUGUAUUUUUUAUAUAACUUCACUUUAAAAGACAUUUAAAAAAACAAGUUAAAUGUUUAAGAGAUCAGCAUAUGGCAUUAGAUGCACAAAAAUGUGAGCUUUUUUUCUGUUAGCAGUCUGUAACAAGUUAGGUAUUUUGCUAUAGUUCCUAAUUUUUAAAAUAUAGAUAUUUAUUUAUUUUAAUGCAGUAAUAUAUGGAGAAAUGAGCAGACUAAACAAGAAGGGAAACUCAUUUGUUUUUCUUUAGAUUUAUAAAUUUGAACUUAUUCAUUUUAGAGGUGAUUUUUAAAAAAAUUUCCAGUAGAUUCAAGAGAUGUUUCCUUGUUUCCCCCCAGUCAUCCAGCCUCUCUUAAAGAGAGCCUUGCAGAGCUGAAUGAAAAUUAUAGUAAUUUUUUUUUUAAUGAGAAUUACAUAAGACUCUGUAAAGGAAGAUCUAAGUCAGAACAGCUCACUGUGUUUGUGUUUUAUAUCACCAGAUACAUCAAUAGAAGAUGAAGCACAACCCCUGUAGCAAAAUACCUUGACUACUUUUAAUACCAUUAGCAUUGCAGACCAAAUUGUACUGUUUCCACUGAUAACCUCAAGGAACUACAUAUGCUACCCAUAACACCUUAUUCUUAAAAAGGGUGCUCUACAUAUUUGUGUUAUUGUAGGCAGCUGAAAUGUCGUUCCUUUGAAAGGAACUCCUGAAGUUUCCCAGGGUUUGGUGCUGGCUUAGAUUAAUGGUGCAUUUACUGUGAUCAAGCUAUUUCAGGAUUGCCAUAUGUGCAAACUAAUCAUGCAGUGCAGUCAAGGAAAUGUGUUUUUUGAAAUUUUUUUUAGAACUUUCAUUAAUGCUGUAGUCAUAUACCGUACGCUUCAUUUUGUCAUAGUCUAUUGUGUAUGAAAGGUGUUCGUACCAUUAAUUGAUGUUUAGUUUGCUUUAGUCUUUAAAAAAAGCUAUGUUAUUAUGUACUAAAUAAGGCUUAUAUCCCAACAGUGCUUUUUUGACUGCUAUUAGGACACAAAACCAAACCUCAUAUGUAAAACAGCCAAAGGUUUGUUUCUAUCUUGUACCUGUGCUGACCAAAGAUUAGUAACCAGUUAUAUCCAGUGUUUUAUUUAUUUUGUUUUGUGGGAAAAGAAACAUUAUAAAUUUGUAAUCAAGUGUUU